AGUUGCGGCCGCUGAGCCGGAGCCGGCCUGAGCAGCGCUUUAGGCCGCGGCCACUCUUUAAAAAACUUAGGUGCUCGCGGCCACACCCGCACGCCCUUCGCGGAGCUCCAGUUCUCCGGUCCGCGCGACCCGCUCUCCGCGCUCCAGCCCCACCGGGGUCCGUGUCCUGUCUCGCUGGACGGACCCGGGCCGGAGCCUGAGCAGAAGGCGGCGCCAUGUCGGUGGUGGGCAUCGAUCUGGGCUUCCAGAGCUGUUACAUCGCGGUGGCCCGCGCGGGCGGCAUCGAGACGAUCGCGAAUGAGUAUAGCGACCGCUGCACGCCGGCAUGCAUUUCUUUCGGUCCUAAGAAUCGUUCCAUUGGAGCUGCAGCUAAAAGCCAGGUAGAUGUUUUAAUAGGCAAGUUUCUGGAGAUGUGUGAUGAUCUGUUAGCUAGAGUGGAGCCACCACUUCGGAGUGUUUUAGAACAAGCCAAAUUAAAGAAAGAAGAUAUUUAUGCAGUCGAGAUAGUUGGUGGUGCUACACGAAUCCCUGCAGUUAAAGAGAAGAUAAGCAAAUUCUUUGGUAAAGAACUUAGUACAACAUUAAAUGCUGAUGAAGCGGUCACUCGAGGCUGUGCUUUGCAGUGUGCCAUCUUAUCCCCGGCUUUCAAAGUCAGAGAAUUUUCUAUCACUGAUGUGGUCCCAUAUCCGAUAUCUAUGAGAUGGAAUUCUCCAGCUGAAGAAGGAUCAAGUGACUGUGAAGUCUUUCCAAAAAAUCAUGCCGCUCCUUUCUCAAGAGUCCUCACCUUUUAUAGAAAGGAGCCCUUCACUCUGGAAGCGUACUACAGCUCGCCUCAGGAUUUGCCAUAUCCAGAUCCUGCUAUAGCUCAGUUUUCAGUUCAGAAAGUCACUGCCCAGUCAGAUGGCUCCAGUUCAAAAGUGAAGGUCAAGGCUCGAGUCAAUGUCCAUGGUAUUUUCAGUGUGUCCAGUGCUUCCUUAGUGGAAGUGCACAAGUCUGAGGAAAAUGAGGAACCGAUGGAAACAGAUCAGAAUGCAAAGGAGGAGGAGAAGAUGCAGGUCGACCAGGAGGAACCACAUGUGGAGGAGCAACAGCAGCAGACACCAGCAGAAAACAAGGCAGAGUCUGAAGAAAUGGAGACCUCUCAGACUGGAUCAAAGGACAAAAAGAUGGACCAACCACCUCAAGCCAAGAAGGCGAAAGUCAAGAUCAGUACUCUGGACCUACCAAUCGAGAACCAGCUGCUAUGGCAGAUAGACAGAGAGAUGCUCGACUUAUAUAUUGAAAAUGAGGGCAAGAUGAUCAUGCAGGAUAAACUUGAGAAGGAACGGAACGAUGCCAAGAAUGCAGUGGAAGAAUACGUGUACGAAAUGAGAGACAAACUCAGUGGAGAAUAUGAGAAAUUUGUGAGUGAAGACGAUCGUAGCAGUUUUUCCUUGAAACUAGAAGAUACUGAAAACUGGCUGUAUGAGGACGGAGAAGACCAGCCAAAGCAAGUUUAUGUGGAUAAGCUUGUUGAGCUGAAAAAUCUGGGUCAACCUAUUAAGAUGCGGUUCCAAGAAGCUGAAGAAAGACCAAAGUUAUUUGAAGAACUAGGAAAACAAAUCCAACAAUAUAUGAAAGUAAUCAGCUCAUUCAAAAACAAGGUACCGUCCCGGGUCCCCCCAUCUCUCUCUCUCUAUUCCCCCUUUGUUGGAGUUAAGUAUGGGUCGUCAGCAUUGUGUUCAUUUUGGAUGUUAGGACAAUCGAGCUCACAGAAUCUACGUAGAACCUCAGACAGUACAUGGAACCUCUGUCUUCAGUACAUGGAACCCGGAGUGGAGCUACCCCUCCGAAAGCCCCUCCUAGCCACGUCGCUUCUGGAGCGAAAGCCUUUCAAAUCCAUUUUUACGAUAGAGAAUGUGAAGGCCAAGAUCCAGGACAAGGAGGGAAUUCCUCCGGAUCAGCAACGGCUGAUCUUUGCUGGCAAGCAGCUGGAAGAUGGACGCACCCUGUCCAACUAA